CAAGAAAAAUGUCCGGCGGGGGCAUCAUUCCACGCGGAGGUGGUUAUUCAAAAAGACGCGGAAGAGGAAGACGAGGUGGUGGAAAUGGUGGAUUCCGUGAUGAUAUUAGAGAUAAUCAAUCAGAUCGACACUUGAGUCCAGACAGAAGAUCAAAUCACAGCGAGGAUCGUCAUGAACAUCGUUUCAACAACUAUCGCCAACAAAAUCGGCCGAAUAGUCGUACUCCAAGUCCAUCCAAUCAUAAUCAAGUUCAAACAUACCGUAAUAAUCCGUUUGAUGCACGUCCUGCUUUAUCAUCGAAUGAUCGAGACCAAGGCCGUAACCGGUUUUCCCCUCCAUCUUUCAGACGAGAUGGAAGGGAUAGUGAUCGGAAUGGAUACCAUGAGAAAGAAGAAGAGCCAACAAGAGGAAGCCGUAAUGAUUUACGAACUAUUUUGAAACCAACAGACAAAGAAGCAGCUAGAACGUGGAAAUUAAGAAUCGCUGACGCCGAAGAAGCUAUCCGACGGGCCGAGUUUCAGUUACGCAGGGCAAAAAUGGACCACGAGGCUCUUCUAGAAGCAUAUAAAGAGUACACGGAAACAACAUGCCCACAAGAACUUCUCAAGCCGAACUGGUAACUUCUGAUAGCCAAUAUCCAUCCCUCCAGCUGCCGAAUCCUAAUAAUACAACCAAAUCAUGUCACAUUGUCGCUUUAGAGAUAUUUUCUCAUUAUGUAUUCAAACUAUCAGAUAGUUUUAUUUUAUAUCUUUAUAAUAUUUUUAUUUUUUCUCAGAAUCAAUAUGGAUUUUCAUGAUUUUCAACACAAUAAAUGAAAUUUAUUGUU